AUGAGGAGAGCGCAAGCGCUGGAACGCCUGGAGGAGCUGACUAAUGAGUUAAAUAAUCUCGUUCAGUCAAAAGUCAAUAUCCACAAGGAGAUCAAGACCAAGGCGACUAGUGCAACUAACGCCCUUCGAAGGUUCAAAAAACUGGAUGAAGAAUGGCGAUUAGCAUCGCGACGCACUCCCCGUGCUACACCGGGGCAAACCAACGAAGUUGUAGUUGUGACUGACGAAGCAAUGGAUACCGGAGCCGAAGGUGACGGUGAAUCGGUCAUCGAAGACAAACGAGAAACUGUCACGAAGACUGGAAAAAGGAAAGAUCGAUCCUCUCCAGACCCAACGUGCAGCCAAGUCACCAAGAAGAAGGACCUGAGACAAAGCCCUCCACAAAGAGCGACAAUGCAAAGGGACGAACGGACAAAAGCGAUUGCUUGGCAGAAAGUCCAGUCCAAGAAAGAACAAAGAAGGCAAAGGAAAGAACAGCUCCCAAAGCAAUUUCCCGAGGAGCCCCGUCCUGAACCUAAACGGAAGAAAUCGCGAAAGUGGAUCAGGCCAGACGCACUGAUCAUCCGCCCAGCUGAGCCGGCGAAGUACGCUGAGAUUUUGCGUAAAAUAAAAAAUGAUGUCCCUGACGAGCAGGUCCGUACUACGGUGGAUAAGAUCCAUAAAACUAGGGCCGGAAACAUGCUGAUUACGCUCUCUAGGAAGAGCUCCGAUAAAGGCCAAGCUUUACAGAAAACCAUCGAGGGCAUCCUACAAGAAGAGGCCAAAGUGAUCUGCAAAGAACUCGUCGAAGAAGUGGAGAAAGCACCAUGGGGCAAACCGUACAAAGGUGGUCACGGCCCACCUGAAAUACCAGCCAAUGCCGUCGCCUACGUGUCCGCGGCUCCUAGAGAGGAUUGUUACUGUGCUGUUUCCUCAACAACCGGUAUUCACCGGCCAGUUAAGGCAGCUAAACCCUGA